AUGCCGGAUCCGCACUUAAUGAGGCGUAUAUUGACGUUGCCUGUGUGUGGGGAGCGAUCAUCAUAUCGUCUUUGCACUGGAAUCGCUAACCACGAGAAUAACGUUGCUGAAGUGCUCUCUUUGAAAGAUGCGGUUUCCUUCGACAUAGACUGUGCGCUAGCAAAAGGAUGGCUGUUACGCGGAGCGGCUGAAGGCCUCACACUCUUUGAAGAGGUGAAGCGAUCUGCUCGCUCGUCUGUGUAG